AGAUAACAAACAUGACUAUGAUUCUAAUACUGGCAAUGCUAUCUAUAACUUAUAGCUAAAAGAAUACAGUAAUCUGUGAUAUUGAAGAAUAUUUUGAAUUUGAACAAAAUGAAAAUAUUCUUGAUCAUACAAGGAUAAAUCAGACUGACAUAAUGCUGACCAAUUCAAAUAUUUACAUAUUGAAUGAAAAUUUAUUAGUGUUGAAUUUCUUCGAAACUCCAAAAUUUGAUGGUUAUGAAUGUAAUAAAGUGAUUACCCAUCCAUUAAAAUAAAUAUUUUUAUUAGCUUGUUAAUCUUAAACAAAAGAAAACAAUUCUUUCUUAUUUGCCUAUUAAGAAAAUGGAUUAAAUUAAUAUAAAAUAUUUGGAGAUGCAAUAUAUUUGCCAUCAGUUAAAGAAAAUUUUGAAAAAAUGAUAAUGGUAGGAAAUAGUUUACUAAUUCCUCAGAUUAAUAAGAUACUUACUUUCACCACAGUAAUUUCAAGUACUUCAUGGUAUUUAAAAAGCACUCCUUAUAUUAUGGAUGCUUAAUUCCUUAAUAUUUCUACUCUAAAUAUCACAGAUUUUAAUAUAUUUUCAUAUGUUAAAGAUUUUUAAACAUAUUAUAGAAUCUUAAUUUCAGAUUAUGAAAAUGGAGUAUAUUGGAUUGAUGGAGUGUAAAAAUCCAAUAAUAUUGUACCCUAUAAUAGUGGAAAACUUAACAUAAGAAGUUUUUACAUUCCAAACACUGCAAGAUUUAAGUCGGCAGUAAUUUUAAAUGCCAGUGAAACAAAUAUACUUUUCAUUUUAUAAACUUAUUUAGAAGGUAGUUUUCUAUUUGAAUAAUCUUUUACGAGUGGUUAAUUAUAUUUAUAUUCAACAUUAAACAAGUAUAAAGAUUGGAAUCCAAUAUCAUCUAUCACAAAUAAUUAGAAUGCUAUAUUUAUACCAUAUUAAAAUAUUUAAAAGGUAGUUGUUAUUAAUUUAUUCAACAUAAAAUCUUUGAAAGAGAAUGAAUUUAAAGCUGAACCUAAUGAUUUAUUAAUUUCAGCUUCAAUAGACAAUUUGAUAUUAUACUUCAUUUCUGAAAAUAGAUUAAUAUUUAGAAGUGAUGUUGAUGCUUUGACAAGAUGCACUUUAAUGAAUUACUAAGAAGCUUGA